AAUAAAUCCGACUUUCCCCCCUCACAAGCUAGGCCAAGCGCCGCGCCUCUUAUCCGGCUAUGGAGGCUCCGUCGGCAGGGAACAGGUCCAUCUUCAUGUGUAAGCUGUGUAACUUAUUUUCCCCGAACCAGUCAGAGCUGCUGUCUCACGUCUCCGAGAAGCAUGCAGAAGAAGGGAUUAAGGUGGACGACAUCAUUAUUCCUCUCAGACCUCUGGCGACGCCCGCAAACCUAAAUAAAAAUGGAGAAGAGGUUCUUGUAGUGAAGAGGAAAAGAGGCAGGCCGAAGGGGUCCACCAAGAAAUUUUAUGCUGAUGAAGAAUUGGCCGAAAGCAAUAAAUGCGCUCCGAGUGAGGUCGUCCCACCAGGACCCGAGGAAGGAGGAGAGCCGGUGGAAGUUCAACCAAGCAACUUGGAAUGCCGGAAGUGUGGCCGGACGUUCUCUAAUUCUCGGCAGCUGCGGAAGCACAUCUGCAUCAUUGUUAAACAUGAAGACCUGGAAGAAGAAGGUGAUCUAGGUAAUGAUUCUGACGUUGAACUUGACAGGAGGGAAGAUGAGCGAGAAAAAGCACCAAAGAGGAAAUGGCUUCAGAGGACUGAGAAGAGCCUUUCCACAAAGGAAGCAGACCAAGUUGCCGGAGCUAAGAAUCCUAUUAUAAGUGUAGUUUUGACAGCUCACGAAGCGAUUCCAGGAGCGACAAAAAUAGUUCCAGUUGAAGCUGCUUCUCUCGAAACGGAACAACCAACUACUCCGGAGACGACAACAUCAGAUUCUCAGCGAAGAGGGUAUCAGGAAUAUGCCAUUCAACAAACACCCUAUGAACAACCAAUGAAAUCAAGCAGGUUGGGCUCAACUCAGUUGAAAAUCUUUACCUGUGAAUACUGCAACAAGGUGUUCAAGUUUAAGCACUCUCUUCAGGCCCACCUGAGGAUCCACACCAACGAAAAGCCGUACAAAUGUUCAUUCUGCAGCUAUGCCAGUGCCAUCAAAGCCAACCUGAACGUUCACCUGCGGAAGCACACAGGGGAGAAGUUCGCUUGCGACCACUGCCCGUUCACGUGCCUGAGCAAAGGCCACCUCAAGGUCCACGUGGAGAGAGUCCACAAGAAGAUCAAGCAGCACUGCCGCUUCUGCAAGAAGAAAUACUCAGAUGUCAAGAACCUGAUCAAGCAUAUCAAGGAAGCCCACGACUUGCAAGACAAAGAAGUGAAGGACGUGUUUGACGAGCUCCGCUUGAUGACCCGGGAAGGCAAGAGGCAGCUGUUGUACGACUGUCACAUCUGUGAGCGCAAGUUCAAAAACGAACUGGAUCGUGACAGGCACAUGCUGGUCCACGGGGACGAGAGGCCCUUUGCUUGCGAGCUGUGCGGCCACGGAGCCACCAAGUACCAAGCGCUGGAGCUCCAUGUCCGGAAGCACCCCUUCGUGUACGUUUGCAGCGAGUGCCUGAAGAAAUUUGUCAGCUCCAUCAGGCUCCGUGCGCAUAUCAAAGAAGCGCACCGGGACUUGCUGGAGGCUUCUGUUUUUGACAACUCCAUCAAUCAGAGCUUUUGCCUUCUGGAGCCAGGAGGCGACAUCCAGCAGGAAGCCCUCGGAGAGGAACUGUCGCAGACUGCAGCUGAACUCUCGCUCUUAAAUUCUAAGGCACUUUGUAUACUAAAGAAGCCUCCUUGCCCGGGCGAACUGAAUGCCACAGAGGGGAGCCCCCUUGAUAAGCCUGGUGGCCUUUUGGAAACGUCUCCCGCCCCUCCUUUAAAUUCUGAAAGCCCUCCAGUUGCAAGUGCAGCAGACCCGGCGUGCCAGCCAUUGCCAGAAUUAGAAUCCCCAGAUGCACGCUCAGACGACUUUCUGCAGAAAAUUGCCCCUUCUUGUUCAGACAAAGAAAAACCCCUCCCUGGGACAGAAGAAGCAGCAGUCUCUCACGACCAUUCAGUGAAAGUACAGUGUGCGGUCAUUCAGGUUUCGGGAGACGGAAGCUCCAGUGUAAGCCAGGAUCACCAAGUUCCACCAUGUGCUCUUGCUCUUGAAGAAGAGGGCCAGUUAGCUCAGGAAACGAAUGAGCCGACAGCUGAAAAGCCGGACUCCUCCUCCACCUCACUCCCCGUUCUAGAAUCCAACACGGCGAUUGGCGAGAAUUUGGAUUCCCGCCCGCUGCCUUCAGAUAAUCGAACCGGAGCUGCAGCCUUUAUGCAGAUUUUGGACAGUUUGCAAAAGCGACAAAUGAACACGGCCUUGUGUGAAAAGAUCCGGAAGGUCUAUGGAGACUUGGAAUGCGAAUAUUGUGGCAAGUUGUUUUGGUACCAAGUGCACUAUGACAUGCACGUCCGUACUCACACAAGAGAGCAUCUCUACUACUGCUCUCAGUGCAGCUACUCCUCCAUCACCAAGAACUGUCUUAAGCGGCACGUCAUCCAGAAGCAUAGUAACAUUCUGCUGAAAUGUCCCACGGAAGACUGUGAUUAUUCCACCCCGGAUAAAUACAAACUCCAGGCACAUCUGAAAGUGCACUCAGAGCUGGACAAAAAGAGUUAUUCCUGCCCUGUGUGUGAGAAAUCAUUUUCUGAAGACCGACUUAUAAAAUCGCACAUAAAGACAAACCACCCAGAGGUUUCUAUGAACACCAUCUCUGAGAUUGUUGGCAGGAGAGUUCAGCUAAAAGGGCUGAUUGGGAAACGAGCGGUGAAAUGCCCCUAUUGCAACUUCUACUUCAUGAAGAAUGGAUCAGACCUUCAGCGUCACAUUUGGGCCCAUGAAGGCGUCAAGCCGUUCAAAUGUUCUCUCUGUGAAUACGCCACUCGCAGCAAAAGCAACCUGAAAGCUCACAUGAACCGCCACAGCACUGAGAAGACUCACUUGUGCGAUAUGUGUGGGAAAAAGUUCAAAUCGAAAGGCACGCUGAAGAGCCACAAACUCCUCCACACGGCGGAUGGAAAGCAGUUCAAAUGCACAGUGUGUGAUUAUACCGCUGCUCAAAAGCCCCAGCUUCUACGGCACAUGGAGCAGCAUGCUUCGUUCAAGCCUUUCCGUUGCGCACACUGCCAUUAUUCCUGCAAUAUAUCUGGUUCUCUGAAAAGACAUUACAACAGGAAACAUCCCAGUGAGGAGUACGUCAAUGCAGGCUCUGGAGAACUUGCUGCGGAAGCCCUUCUCCAACAAGGUGGCAUCAAGUGCCCAGCGUGUAACUUUGUGUAUGGUACAAAAUGGGAAUUCAACAGGCACCUCAAAAACAAGCAUGGACUGAAAUUAGUGGAGUUCGAGGAGGAGACGAAGUGGGAGCAAACAACAGAAAUUUCUGAAGAAACACCCACACAGUAUCUACAUAUCACAGAAGCGGAAGACAUGCAAGGAACACAGGCCGCUGUUGCUGCUCUGCAGGAUCUACGAUAUACCUCAGAAAAUGGGGGAUGCCUUGACCCCACAGCUGUAAACAUCCUUCAACAAAUCAUAGGGCUGGGUUCAGAGCCCCAUGACGCAGCUGCUGUUGCCUCUGUGGUCGCCAUGGCCCCCGGAACGGUUACCGUUGUGAAGCAGGUCACAGAAGAGGAGCAGUCAGCCAACCACACCGUGAUGAUUCAGGAAACGUUGCAACAGGCUUCCAUCAAGUUGGCUGAACAGCAUCAUUUGGUCGUCUCCUCGGACGACAUGGAAGGGAUUGGGACAGUGACGGUCUACACCCAGGGAGGAGACGCCUCUGAACUUAUUGUUUAUGUGCAAGAAGCCAUGCAGCCAGUGGAAGAACAGGUGGAAGAGCCAGAACAAGCCGCACCGAAAAUCUAGAUAAAAUUCCCAAGGGAGGUAAGCCUUCUGGUCUUGCCAAAUCAAAACACAUUUUAUGUUCCAGUUUAUGUUUAAUGCAGCUUUCUGAAUGGAGCCUCGAACAGCUGCUAGUCUGUGGUAUGUUUAGCCUUUGGCAGAUGUGUUAUUGAUUGGACUGGUGGCUUUUUGCCAGUAGAUGUUUUUAUACACACUGAGCCAUGCACAGCUUCCUUUUUAAAAGCACUCCCAUUUUUACGGCUUUUUAAAAAUUAAAAAUUAAAAAUCUCCCCUUCUAAUAAGGAACUCCUGAAGUCACAACCUACAUAUUUGCGGAGAGAUGGACAGUCAUAACUACUUCCUACAGAAGGGGGGGAAAAAAAACACUUGGUGUUAUCCCUUUGACAAGAAGCAAACCGGAAAACCAAGAGAAGUGUUCGUGACUUUGGACAGCACUUAAUAAAGGCUGUGUGUUUUUCUUUUACGCACUUUAAGAGGAGUAUAGACUUAAAAAGGUCACUUUAAAUGACUGCCUGGAAGGCUCAAAUGUAAAGCUCUCAAAGAACAUUGGGGCAAAGCAAGAGGCCAUGCCGUGAAACUGCUCACGAGAAUGCCGCCCGUUGGAACCUGCUUUCUGAUGUCGGGUAGACACCUUGAAGGCAGUUGUGUGAAUCAGGGCCAGCUUUUCUUUAAUGCUUCUUCUUGCAUUAUUAUUAUUUUUGAAACAAAACAAAAUACAGUGUUCAGCAUUUUAACCUUCUGAAGGAGAGUUUUGCUUUAUUUAUCACUGUGAAUUUCCAAAGACCCAAGGUUAUUAACAAGAAAACAAGUCCUAUUUUAGAUCACGUAUCUUCCAAUCUCAAGGCAGGACUCUGUAUUGCCUCCCUAACACGCCAAAUUUUCAUUUGGAUGGGAACUAACAUGACAUGCAAGUGAAAAGCUCCCUGCCACUGUGCAUCUUCCAGAUGUACAGGCCCUGCUAAAGUGCAAGUGUUUUAUGGUAACAACAUAUUUUGGACACAUAUAUUGGAGAUAUAGUAGGGUGGUUCCCCCCCCCUCUUUUCUGUCUUUUUUGAAGCAUUAUUUCAUUGUCACCCCUCUUUCUCUUUGCAAGCAAUAGCAGUAACUUCAGAAAUAUAUUUUAAAAAAAUUGUAGAACUUGGGCACAGUGUUCCAGAUUCAUACACAUGUUGCAGGAUUAUGCCUUUCAUGAUCUACAAUGGAUGACAUUUUGAGGCAUUGGUAAGUAGUAUACAGCAAAGAAAGCUGUAGAAGACCACAGUGAUAAACUGGUAUUUUGGGGUCCUAUUUUCCUAUCCUGGCAAAAGUUGAGCAGUUUCUCCACUAGAAGCACAGCUCUGCAGCCUGGGCCUCAGUCAGUUACUAUUCUGCCUUGACUAGACCCAGGCCAUCUGCAGAAUAUCUGUUUCUAUGACUGCAUAUGGUGGGUUAAUAGUCAACUCCAUGGUUGAUUAUCGAGGGCGUACUCCCCACAUGUCAAGUUGACUAUUAGUCAGCGGUGUGUUUGAUUGACACAUCCCCCCUCUCUCCCCCCCCAAGUCCUCCUGCUGAUAUCCCAUCAGCCAUUGCGAGUUCUGCUGGCCAGACUAGAGUGGCAGCCGCUGUUUUGGUUGCUCUUGCCAGGGGACUCUGUAGUCACCAAAAAUAACCAACUGUGUGCAACGACACAUGACAGUGCCCGACACAUGACAUGAUAACAGCAGUUGUUCAAAUAAUCAACUCUGCAUAGCGUUGGUUAUUUGUGUUAGUUAUUUUAGCUGAAUAACCAACCGUGGUAUGAAAAAGUCCCGACAGAUGACAACCAACUGUUGGCUAUUUAACCC